CAUCCUUCUCUCCCUUUCUCUCGCACGAGCUGGAACGAAGUUAGGCAUCUUAGGCUGUUAGUACGCAAUGCCUGUCGCUACUCUGUAUAACGUUUAACACGCAUGCCAAUCAAACAAAAUCAGCGAUCUGGCAGAACCUUAUUCUCUCUUCAAGUGACUCUUUUCAGGACCGACUACCCUUAUUUAAUUCACAUUGGCAUACUUGUGAUUGAACUGAGCCUGUGACUUGACCGCUCUUUUCUCUUGAUCAUGUCUGUCCCUCAAGAAAAAGGUGCAGAUCUUAAUUCAGAGCACAGCAAUCCUUCAGCAGCGUCCAUAGACAAUCCGAUCGAGAAUACACCCAUAUCAAACAGAGGGGCCGCAUCGGACAAGGAUGUCACUCAACAAGAUCCAGAAUCUGGAAACAAUACUGGCCAUCCGGCUGCAGUUACAAGUGUUCCUCGUUUGAAGCGUCGUGGUCUUUUUUCCCAGAUUACAAUCAUCCCGGAGGUAGACAAUCCAAGAGCAUAUUCACGAUUAACUAAAUGGAUCAUUACGUGCAUCGUCUCAUUCUCGACAUUGAUUGCCCCCCUUGGCACCUCUAUUUUCUACCCUGCACUGCACCAAGUUGAAAGCGACCUUCAUACUUCCUCCACAGUCACGAAUCUUUCCCUUGCAUUCUAUUUACUCGCCAUGGCUAUCUUCCCUUUUUGGUGGAUGAACUGGGCGGUAGCCUUUGGCCGGCGAAAUAUAUACUUGGUAUCCUUUUCGUUGGGAGUUGUCUUCGCCGUUCUCGCAGCCAUCUCCAAAUCUAUCGGAAUGCUGAUCGCCAUGCGUUUGAUGAGUGGCGGAUGUUCAGCUUCUGUCCAAGCAGUCGGUGUGGCCACCAUUACAGAUCUGUGGGAGCCACGCGAGCGCGGUCGUGCUAUGGGGAUUUUCUUCCUCGGUCCCCAAUUAGGCCCAUUCCUAGCCCCGAUUAUUGGGGGUGCACUUGCCAAUCGAUGGGGCUGGAGAAGCACAAUGUGGUUCAUUGUGAUUAUCGCAGCCGCCAUGUUGACGAUCCAGUUACUUUGUCUUCCUGAAACAUCCCGCCGUGACGAGAAGACUUGGUGGCAGACGACACAGGAGCGACUGAGCCACCAUAGUGCAGUUUCUAAAACCUUUAUUAUCCCAAGAAUGCUCAUCGUGGAUCCAUUCAAGGCCCUUUAUAUUUUGCGAUACCCGGUGUUUUUCUUUCCCAUGGCGUAUAUUGGGAUAGUCACGGUUUACUUUUACGUCCUCAACAUCAGUAUGGAGCAGACAUUUGCUGCACCCCCAUACAAUUUCAGCACGCUCGUUAUAGGUUUAUGCUAUAUCCCAUCUUCCCUGGGUUAUAUUGUUGGGAGUGUAAUUGGAGGCAGAUGGAUGGACUACGUGAUGAUGCGUUCAGCCAAGAAAAGUAAUCAAUUUGAUGUGAAUGGGAAGCCCCAACUUAAUCCAGAGGAUCGAAUGCAGGAGAACGCAUGGCUAGCGGGACUUAUCCCUGUGGCCUCGCUGAUUUGGUAUGGAUGGACAAUACAGUACAAGGUCUUUUGGCUUGCACCUUUGAUUGCCAACUUUUUCACUGGCUUCGGUUUAGUAGUAAUAAUCAGCCUCAACAUUACUAUGCUCACAGAAUUUCUACCGGGAGAUGCUCGACCUCUUUCUUGCUCUGUCCUUGCAAGAAACGGAGUAGGAUGCGUUGGCACUGUAAUUGGUGCCCCAAUGCUCGACAGCCGUCUACAGAACGGAUGGACCUUCACUAUAUGGGCUUUUGUCGCUCUAGCAUGUCUUCCUAUCAUUAUCAUCAUGAGGGUUUUCGGGCCUAGAUGGAGGGAAGCUUUGCCAAACAGGAAACCGAAUACAUAAAUGUGGACCAAAACAGUACUCUAAUAAUUACAAACAUCCAUCACUGUUACCUGCGCCAUUUAUCAACUAAGAAAAAGCCGGUUGUGCAGUGCGAUUUGGAUUCUAUAACCCCUAGAUAAAUCUUUUAGCAGCAAAAGAUAUGUGAUCAUGCAAAGAUGUAAUAUUUAAUGAUAGAAUAGUUGUGAUUAAUUAGUGCC